AUGAGAAGGGUUUGUUCGUCCAAGUACGAGAAGAAUGAUCCAGAGGAGAAGAAUUACUGGAAGGAACUCAUUAGAGAGAUUGAAAAGUCCUCCAAGAAGCACACGUUCAAGCCAAGACUAAUUGCUGAGCUGUAUCGACCACUGCCGGAAAAUUUGAGGAAUCGAAUUGGAAGAAUAAUCCCAAUUGAUUUCCUCACAGAUAAGUUCCAAAUUCAGGAUGACACGUCAUCAGUAGAGACAAAUUCUGAGAAAUCUGAUGAUUCUGACUCCACAAUUAAGGGUGUUUUGAAGACGAAACUCUCUAAGCGAGAUGGAACGAAGAAUGAGAUAUUCGCCAUCAAGAUCGAGCCUGUUGGUUUGCCUAAGAGACUUGGAGUGGAGAAGAACAACUGGAUUUCAGAGUACAUGCGAAAACCAAAGAAGGAGCGCGUCAAGUGGCAAUCAAAGCUGCAUCGCGUAGAUAAAAGUUCAUGGCAUCUUCAGCCACUUCACGAUAAAGUGGAGGAUCUCGUGGAUUUGGCAGCGCAGGACUUCAGUGACUGGCUGAAUUCCCUGGCCAGCGACAAGUCCUUGAAGACAGUAACCAAGGACAGGAUAAAACAGCUCUUUCCCGUUCUCGCCACCGGAGAUUCCCUCCGAGGACUCGAGGUGGAGUACAAAGACCUAUACAUAUUGCCUGAGGAAGUUCUGGAGCAAUACUGCAUGGGCAGAGAGGUAAGGCAGAUCCUUCAGAUCCGGCGUCAGGAUGCCAUCCAGAAUCGAAAAGCUGAACGAUACGUGGCCUUUGGGAAGAAUCUUCCCGUUCCGUUGCGCCAUCGAAAGCGACUGGUGAGGGAAGUGGAGCCGUCCAAGACUGUUUUCCCCGAAGACCUUCGCACCAAAGAGACACUUUUCCGAGGAAUUGAGCACUUGCAGUCUACAAAGCUCUUUAUUAACCAUCUGAAAGGACAUCCAGAACUCCCAAAGCCCGAAUACUUGACCAAAACCGGUGCCUUUGCUGCAGCUCAAGUGCAGAGGAAAUUCAGUCACGUUCCACUCAGGGACUGGCUUCUGAAGACAAAUUAA